CCCCACCGCCCGAUAUGUAUAGAUCCCCUGCCCGAGAUCUGCAAAUCCUCGAAUCGAAUGCAACCAGCCCCGAAAGAAGAUUACGAAAUGAAAGAAGACGGAGGAAAUGUUGACAGUCCCCUGGAAACAAAUCUACGAAAACUGCUCAAUCGUCGACGCAAAAAUUCCACUCUGCGAAACCUGACGGUCAACUCCAACAAGAUCGACUUCUCCUCCAACGACUUCCUCUCGUUAUCGAACAAUUCUGCUCUCAAGAAAACGUAUCUUGAAGAGCUUCGACGGGUUGAUUUACCGAUUGGAAGCGGAGGGUCAAGAUUGCUAGACGGGAACUCGACGUACGCAGAAAAUCUCGAAAAAGAGAUUGCCUCGUUUCACGGAGCUGAGUCGGGCCUACUUUUCAAUUCAGGGUUUGAUGCCAACGCGGGAUUCUUUGCUUGCGUGCCGCAGAUUGGCGAUGUUGUGGUUUACGACGAGUUGAUUCAUGCUAGUGUGCACGAUGGGAUGAGGCUGUCGAGAGCGGCCAAGACUGUGCCUUUUAAACAUAGUUGCGUGCAAGAUCUGAAGACUGUCUUGGAGAGAGUCUUGAAGGAAGAAAGAGACGCGAAAGGGUUGCAGGCUGGGCAGGCCCAUGUAUUCAUUGCUGUAGAAGCGGUAUACAGCAUGGAUGGCGACGUGGCGCCCCUUCAAUCUAUCGUCGAAACAGUCGAAACAAUAUUGCCUAGAGGCAAAGGCUACAUAGUUGUCGAUGAAGCACAUGCGACAGGUGUCUUGGGUUCUCAUGGCCGAGGAUUGGUCUCGCAACUUGGCCUUGAGCGCCAUAUCUUCGCUAGGCUUCACACGUUCGGAAAGGCGAUGGCCUGUAACGGCGCAAUCAUUCUUGGCUCCCAUAUUCUGAGACACUAUCUGAUCAACUACGCGCGUCCACUGAUUUACUCAACAUUCAUGUCAUAUCCCACGCUCUCCGCAAUUAGAGCCUCGUACUCGCUGCUCAAGGCUGGUAAAACAGAGUUAUUAGCAUCGAAGCUCCACUUUCUGAUCCAAUAUUUGUUCGACCAGUUCAACACCGUACAACGUCCAUCUUUUAGAGCGCUUUUGUCAUUGCCCCACGAGUGCCCCCAAAGUCCAAUCUUCUCUAUCCAACUGAAAGAGCCAAAAGAUUUAGCUAGGUUUCUACAAGAGAGAGGAAUGAUGGUAAGAGCUGUUGUACCGCCUACUGUGCCGAUAGGGACAUCGAGAGUGAGGGUAUGUUUGCACGCAGGGAAUACGACGGAGGAGAUUGAUUUGCUGUUGCGCGCUAUAGAGGAGUGGUGUGCUGGGCGUUCAGGAAUUAUUGAAACGAAUUCUCACAGCCAAUCAAAAGAAGAAGUGAUUGCGCGGGCACGAUUAUAG